AGUGAUCACAGUACAUGUUCUAAGGAUAAUUUAUACUUAAUAGUGUAGAGCAUUUCUUUAUUAUGAACAAAGAAAAAGAAAGGUAUCAUGGGAACAGAUUUAACAAAUAUGAUCAUUUGAAGGAUUAAAAUUGAAAAAGUCCAGAUUGGUCCCUGCGCCCCACCAAACCAACUCUAUGUGUUUGCAUUCAACAACUCCUCCAUCUGGCAAGCACGAACAUCCGAGCCUCAGACAGACAGAGUCAUCUCCUGUACAUUCUAUGUCUUGCACUUGUUAAUUUCCUUUAUUACAUUAUCAAGAAACACUCUGGAUCUCCUAUCCCUCCCUAGAAAUAAUCUGAACUCAAAAUUUUUAUUGAUAAGCUUGCACUACCACAAACAUUCAACACCCAUGUCAAACGGCAGCUCACAGAUCAUAACAUGUAAAGCUGCAGUAAUAUGGGGAGUUGGGGAGCCGUUGAAGGUGGAAGAGAUACAAGUAGAGCCACCAAAAUCUUCUGAAGUUAGAGUUAAGAUGCUAUAUGCUAGCAUUUGUCAUACUGACAUAGCAAGGGCAAAUGGAUUUCCAUUUCCACUUUUCCCAAGAGUUCUAGGGCAUGAAGGUGUUGGGGUGGUAGAAAGCAUUGGAGACAAAGUAAAUGGUUUCAAAGACGGAGAUGUUGUGAUUCCUACCUUUAUAGGAGAAUGUCAAGAAUGUGAAAAUUGCACAUCGGCCGAGACAAAUUUAUGCCUAAAAUACCCUACAAACCGCAAUGGUUUAAUGGCAGAUGACACUUCAAGAAUGUCAAUUAGAGGCCAGAAAUUGUAUCAUUUGUUUACCUGCUCUACAUGGUCCGAAUAUAUGGUCAUUGAUUCCAAUUAUCUCGUGAAGAUUGCUCCAGGUAUAUAUCUCCCAUAUGCAAGUAUAAUGUCAUGUGGGUUUUCAACUGGUUUUGGAGCAGCUUGGAAAGAAGCCAAGGUUAAGGAAGGAUCAAGUGUGGCUGUUUUAGGCCUUGGUGCUGUUGGGUUGGGGGUUGUAGAAGGAGCUCGAAUGCAAGGAGCAAGUAAGAUUAUAGGUGUAGAUAAGAACGACAAGAAAAGAGAGAAAGGGAAAGUUCUUGGAAUGACCCAUUUCAUAAACCCAGAUGAAUUUAAUAAGCCUAUUUCAGAAUUAGUGAAAGAAUUGACCGGUGGAAUAGGAGUUGAUUAUUGCUUUGAGUGCAUUGGUUCUGCACCAUUAGUAAAUGAAGCCUUAAAGCCACAAAAAUGGUAUGGAAAAGGAAAAGCAAUAGCAAUAGGCGCAGGAUUCGAAAGCGUGAACAUAGACUUCUUCCCCUUACUGGCGGGUAGAACUCUCAGAGGAUCUACUUUCGGAGGGCUCAAAAUAAACUCAGACCUGCCUCUUAUACUCGAAAAAUGCAAAAACAAGGAAUUCCAUCUGGAUGAAGUUUUGACUCGUGAAGUUGCUUUGCAAGAUAUUGACAAAGCUUUUGAGCUACUGCAGCAACCAGAUUGUGUCAAGGUUCUUAUCAAGAUCGUGUGAAGGCAUUGCUACCUUCCUAGUCCUAUGAGUUCACCAACAACAAUAACCAGUUUGUCAGGGGGUUUAAAGCGCCAUGUGUAUAUGUUUGUGGUACCUAAUAAAACUUGAUUGAAUAAAGAACUAAAUAAUCAAUCAGCCAAAAUAAUUUUGCAGUAUGUUAAACAUGCUCUUAAGGAAAAUUAUGUAAUUUCCCAUAUGGUGUCAAGUCAGCAAGCCAUUUGCAGUUGGACUAAAAUAUAUGUUCCAAAAAUUAACUGAAAAUCAUGCCUCUUCUUAAUGUAAACAGCAGCAUGAGAUGAAAAGAAAAGAAGGUUGUCAAUAAUCACCAACCCCUGUGUUUAUGGAUGACAAUUGACAAGUAACAUGAUAAAAGAAGGAAAUGAUCAGAGGCUACUAUUUCCAUUAUAAGUCCUCAAUAAGGCCAGUGUUGGAGGCUGCAAUAAUGCUAACUAUAACACUUGCAAUCUGAUUUAAACAU